GCCAGGGGGGACCAAAUUGCUCAUGAAAGCUGAUUGAAGAGCUAUGGGUCUGAUCGCUCGCGCGCGUAAAGAAUGGUUUAUCAUCGGUAUCGUCCUCGUGAUCACGUGCGCUAAGCUCGCGCCGUUCGUGGGAGUAAAAGGAGAGCGGAUGGCGGCCGGGUGCUGCGGGGUGAAGAAGCAGAAGUUGUCGGGAUCCCCUGGGGCGGGGGGUCCCGGCGGGGCGAGAAGCGGGGUUUCCGGGACCGGACAUUGUGGAUCGGAAUUGGGCAUCAGGUCGUCGUCGACUGUUGUGGCCGGGAACGUAAAUCGGGUGAACGGCCUGGGGUGUCCAGGGGGUAGUAGUAGUAGCAACACCAAUGCUCUAUCCCCAACUCCAGGAGGCUAUAAAUCAACCGGCCUCUCCCCGAACCUCGGUCCCGGACCUGGCUCAGGGAGCGGGGCUAGGAAAAUGGUUGUUUCGGCGGAGAUGUGUUGCUUCUGUUUCGACGUGCUUUAUUGCCAUCUAUACGGAUACCAGCCUCCUCGAACACCCAGGUUUACAAACGACCCUUACCCACUGUUUGUCACUUGGAAAAUCGGCCGGGACAAGCGGUUGAGGGGUUGUAAAGGUACAUUUUCUGCCAAGAACCUGAACUCAGGACUCAGGGAGUACACCCUCACCAGUGCCCUUAAAGACAGCCGCUUUCCACCCACGACGAGGGACGAGCUGACCCGCCUCUUCUGCUCAGUGUCUCUGCUUAGCAACUUCGAGGAUGUUGGUGAUUAUCUAGACUGGGAAGUGGGGGUUCACGGCAUUAGGAUAGAAUAUUUGAAUGAAAACGGAUUAAAGCGCACCGCCACCUACCUGCCACAGGUUGUGAAGGAGCGAGGAUGGAACCACAUUCAGACCAUAGAUUCCUUACUUCGAAAGGGAGGUUACAAAGCUCCCAUCACAAAUGACUUCAGGAAGACUAUUAAGUUGACCAGGUACCGUAGUGAAAAGAUGACAAUCAGCUACGCAGAAUACAUCGCCCACCGGCAACACCAUCACUACCAGAACGGCAUUGGGGAAAAAGUGGCAUUGUAAAAUGCAGAUAUAAAAACACAAGUAAAGAUAGUGCAAAUGAUGAAUGACUGUAAAAUUACUAAAUUUAAACCUCCAGUAGUAAUUCGGUCAAACACAACAAAUAAAGAUGUACAUUUUCUCUACAUUAUCAGUAAUAAAAGAUACAAAAAAUCAGGUAAGGCACCAAGGGAAGUGUAAACCUCCAAGUACUUAACAAGUACAUACAGUGCUGAACUAAAUGGUGCAAACACAAGCACAACAGGUAAAGUGACUUUGUAAAAUACAGAUGUAACAACACAUGCAACAAUGAGUGCAAAUAAUGUAUACGUGUAAAAUCACUGAAUUAAAACAUUCAGUGUUAACUGGAUGAAAUCCAAACAACCAUGUAAAGUUGCCAUGACAGAAAAACACCAAAAAUCUAAGGCAACAAGUGAGGUAAAAAUGUACAAGCACU